UUCUAACAGGGGUGGAGUCUUUCGUUUUUACUCUCCAUUAAGUCAACAAAUUUUUUAAUUUUUUUUAACAAGUUAUAGUAGUUGAAUGCAAAAUUCAAGUACAUUUAUUAUCAUAAAUACACAAGGAAAAUUUUUUCUGCCAAAAAUAUGGAGACACUGUAUAUGUGAGUUAACGAAUAUUAUUUUCGUCGUCGUCUAUCGUCUAGAUAAAGAUAGAGAAGAGACACAUAAAUACAAGUGUAUACAUGAACACGUCCCGUCAUGAAAAACAUUCAAUCUCUCCUAAAGGAAGGCAUUUUAUAAUUGAAGAAAGAGGAAGAGUUUAAUCGGAGUUGAUGCUCUCAUCACAUAGCAGUGUCUAGUGCAUUAUUCGUUAAUGUUUCCUCCUACUUUAUUGGUAGCUGUAAACAUUACUAUAACUGAAUAGCAAAAAUUUUUAUUCUAUUUUAAUAAAUGAAGUUUGAAGCAAAUAAAAUUAUAAAAUAAUGCUGCUAAUUUCUAGCAUUAAACAAUUAUCAAUAUUAGAACAACGAAUACCUGGAUAAUUAUUAAUGAAUAUUCUUGCUAUGAUUUAAAUACCUAAAGUAAUUAAAGUGAUGAUUAAAGUGAAGUCAAAAACAAUUAUAAUUUUGAGUUCAAGAUUUUGUGAAUUACAUAUAAAAAAGGAAAGUACUUUAUUAUUCAUUGUUGUUUUGACAUUCUAUUGUAUUGUAAAUGUUGUUUGUGAAAAACAGCAAACAAAUUUGAGAGUACCACGUGGAAUCAAAGAAUUACAGAGAUUUGUUUUUAAUUCUGUUCAGCCAUCUCCCUUUACAGGGUAUUGUGAUUUUGAAGAGUUUUGUGAUUGGUCUUGGAAUGAAACUGCUGGUUUUAGAAUUACUGCCGCUCCGGCAGAUGAACAUUUAGGUCCUAUGACGGAUGCAAGCAAUAAUAAAAACGGAUAUUUUUUGUUACUGAACGAGCGAAAAGAAGGACAACUAUGGACUAUAAGAUCUAUUCCCAAAACAGGUUCGAGAUGUCUUUUGGAUUUAUCGAGUCAUCAGGUUCAAAUGAGAAAUGGAAUUAUUCGCUUAGUUAUAGUAACAAAUAAUUACACUAGUUUAGUUGCUGCUGAAAGAUCUGGGAACGAUCAUGCAGUAUGGGAACCGAUAAGAUUCAAUUUAGGAGCAAUCAGUCAACCUUACAAAUUGAUUUUGGAAGUUACGAUGCCAACUACUGACUCAAGUUUUGCUGUUGAUAACAUUCGUCUAGUGGAUUGUUUUCCAGAAUACAAUGCAGUUGGUUCAGUUUGCACCACGGACAUGUUUCGAUGUAACAAUGGAUCCUGCUUAAACAGAACGAGAGUUUGUGAUUUAACUGAAGAUUGUGCCGAUGGUGAAGAUGAAUUACAAGAUUGUGACAAGGUACCCGAAACGGCAAGAUGUAAUUUUGAAAGUGGAUGGUGUGGAUGGAAUAAUGUUCCUGGUAGGCCCUUAAAUUGGACUCUUCAUCAAGGUCCUACUCCAACUGAAAGAACGGGUCCAAGUUACGAUCACACAUAUCGAAAUGAAACUGGAACAUUUGCAUAUGUUAAUAUGUCAAAACGAGCCGAUUAUGGUAGUCGGGGUACUAUAAACAGCCCCUUAUUUAAUCCAACGCCCCCCUACAGCAGUGACCCAACAAGUCCAUAUUUUCAAACGUGUCAAGUUCGAUUUUUUUAUCAUCAAUAUGGAGCACACAGUGGUUCACUUGGAUUAUAUUUGGUACAAGUAAAGAAACACCAAAAUCAAACAGAUCGUCUUUGGUGGACAUUUGGUGAUCAAAAAGAUGCAUGGUAUAAUCAAGCAGUUGCCUUACCUGAUAUUCGAGUCAGGUACUUUUUGCAAUUCGAAGCCAGCAGAGCAUACGCUUCAAAAGGGGACGUUGCCAUAGACGAUUUUUCACUCAGUCCUGAAUGUUUUGGAAUAGGAGUUCCACCGGAGGCUUUAAAGGGAUAUAAUUAUUAUGAUCCAGUUAUAGAAUCUUCCAUAAACCCUAAGAGUCAAAGCAUCGAUUUUAUUAACGAAACAGUUGUUCGAAUUACAACUUGCGGACAACUUGGAAGAAUGGGUCCAACUGCAACACAAUGUGCUAACGAAUAUAAUGGAACGAAUAUUGAAGUUACUCCUUUUUCUCUUUCAUCUUCUUCAAGUGAAGAAGUUUCUAAUUUUAAUCUCAAAGGAAUCCAACGUUGGACUGCACCUAGAGGCGGUUACUAUACUGUAAUUGCUAUGGGAGCACGUGGAGGACGAGGAUCUGGUGGAAUGGGAAGUACUUUGGGUUCCCUUGUGCGAGGAGUUAUUGAAUUAGAAAAAGAACAACAAUUGUACUUUUUAAUUGGACAACCAGGUUCAGAUGCAUGUCCAAAGAGUCUAGGUCUUGAAAAACAUGAUUGUCAACAAUUAGGUCAAAUUUCUUCAUCUGUAUAUACGUCAAAAGUACAUGCUGUAAAGAAGAUAGAAUUAAAAGAUGGUGGAGGUGGUGGAGGAGGAGCUACAUAUAUUUUUAAAUUGAAAUCUAAUGGAGAACACCAACCACUGAUGAUAGCAGCUGGUGGAGGUGGUUUAGGUUUGGGUCAGUUUGCUGAUGAUGGAGUUCAACAUGGAAAAGGCUUACCUCCACCAGGAAGUAGGCCCACAACUGGAGUAUCAAUUCGGGGAGACGCUGGUGCUGGAGGCGGAUGGUUUGGCUUAUUAAAUACCAAUUCAAGUCAAUCAGCAGGAUUGCCAUUAAUUUUAGGUGGUAGCGGUGGGAUAGGAUGUGGUCCAAACAGUAAUGGUCAUGGAAAUGGUGGAUUUGGUGGAGGCGGAGGUGGUUGUUUAACUGGAGGUGGAGGAGGCGGUUAUGUAGGAGGAAGCACAGGGGGUCAAGAAUCUCCAAACGGUCAGGGUGGCUUUUCAUUUGCUGCUUCAGAAGUUCUUCAUCUUGCUUUUCACAUAGGAUAUAAUCAAGGACCAGGAGAAGCUCUAAUUAUACCAGCAAUUAGUGGAUGUGGAUGCGAUUUUCGAUGUGUUGUAUUGGAUCAAUAUUUAUCUGAAGUAAAAUGUUUGUGUCCGCCAGGUUGGCUUCUUGGAAAUGAUUCAAAAUCCUGUUUAAUGGCAGAAGAAACUGACGUAGCACAUCAGACUUUUAUGAUUAUAUUAAUUGCAUUCAGCAUUGGUUUAAUAUUUGCGCUUUCUGGACUUUUUCUUUUGUUGUAUAAUCGAUAUCAACACCGAAAAGCUUUAAUUAGACGACGUCAAGUAAUGUUCGGUAAUGGAACGGAAUUAACUGCCCUUCGUGCAGUUUCCGACAGUAUGAUGACUGAAUUCAAUCCAAAUUAUGAAUUUGCGGGAAAUUUAUACAGUUUUAAAGAUCUUCCUCAAAUACCACGAGAUAAUAUUUCAUUAGUAAAACCUUUGGGACAAGGAGCAUUUGGGGAAGUAUUUCAAGGUGUUUACAAGUAUCGCCGAAAUGACGAACAUCCUGUUGCAGUAAAAACACUUCCUUCAUUGUCAACAUCUCACGCGGAAGCUGACUUUAUGAUGGAAGCAUUGAUUAUGAGCAAAUUCAAUCAUCCAAAUAUAGUACACUUUAUUGGUGUUUCAUUUGAUAAACAUCCUAGAUAUAUAAUUUUAGAAUUACUGGCUGGUGGGGAUUUAAAAAAUUUUUUACGAGAAGAAAGACCUCGCCCUGAUCGAUCAACAACUUUAUCAAUGCAAGAUUUAAUAAUGUGCGCCUAUGAUGUCGCAAAUGGCUGUAAAUAUAUGGAAGAUGCUCGAUUUAUUCAUCGAGAUAUAGCGGCUAGAAAUUGUCUUUUGACUUGUAAAGGACCUGGACGAAUAGUUAAAAUUGCAGAUUUUGGUAUGGCUCGAGAUAUUUAUAGAAGCGAUUAUUAUCGAAAAGGCGGUAAAGCAAUGUUGCCUAUCAAGUGGAUGCCCCCAGAAAGCUUUUUGGAUGGAAUAUUUACGACUAAAACUGAUGUUUGGGCCUUUGGAGUUCUUCUAUGGGAAAUUAUGUCCUUUGGUUAUAUGCCUUAUACGGGAUGUGCUAAUCGAGAGGUAAUGUCAAUGGUUACAACUGGUGGACGAUUGGAAAGGCCUGCUGGUUGUCCCGAUCCAAUUUAUGGUGUAAUGACUCGAUGUUGGCAUCCACAUCCCGAAGAUAGGCCUAGUUUUACUACAAUUGUUGAAAGAAUAGGAUAUUGCUUACAGGAUCCCGAUGUUCUAAAUUAUCCAAUGCCAAAUUAUGAUGUUUUACCGUCUUGUGAGAGAGAAAUAACAAUUAUGAGACCAGAUCCUGAAACUGAAUGUAUUAACGUACAUGCUAACAAUGAAGGUGAAAAAGAAUAUAGAGAACUAGAAAAGGAAAAUGCUAAUAUGAUCAACUGUAGCAAAAAUACGUCAACAUUAGAUGAUAUAAACUGUAAUAGCAACUCGUAUGAAAAGUCAAGUUCUGAGAUGAAUGAUUCGAAUGCUGAUACGUUAGUUAUGCUUUCAAGUACAAAUCUAGAUACAGCGAUGUCAUCAUCAAAUACUCAGUCAUUUUCUCCAAGUCAUGUAAUUUUAAAUUCAAAUGGUAACAAUAUUAAUGGGAUGAUAAAAAAAAAUGCCUUAAAAGGAGCAUUGAGUUUGGAUCCCAGCGCUCUCUGUCGAGAUAAUAUACCAUAUGAAAAAAUUGCUUUUUCAUCACCAUCGACUCAAACGAAUAAUUCUGAUAACAUGGAAUUAAUGAAGGAAUCAAUAGGACAUGAAUUGCCACGGGAAGAAGAGUGUUCUUGCUGAGAUUCAUCAUUUCAGAGUGACUGAAACAGUUUCUCCGACAAUCAAUACAAGAACCCUCAUAGAUCAUAAAUACUUCAUGAUGUCAACUGUAAAGUUUAUAGAUCCUCAAGUCAGUCUUGUCAAUCAUAAGAAGAAACGCUCACUAAACAAGACAAAUAUAUAUAAAUAAAUAUAUAUACGUCGUCCAUAAAAUUUACAUAUGCGUGUUAAAUUAUUUUAUAAGAUCAGUGAUUAUUUAACAUUUAUAACAUUUAAAGUAAGUUUGUAAUAAGAAAUACUUCUUCUGAAAGUUGUGAUGUGUAUAAUUUAAUUCAAAACAACGAAUAUUAUUUAUUGUAAAGUAACUGCAACACCUUUGCGGAGUUGAAAAUUCGAACCAGGGAGACAUGAAAGUGAAUUAAAUAUUGAUUUUUCAAGUUAUUGCAACAUUUUGAUGUCUCGGUUCAACAUCUUCUUUAAGUUAUUUAUAUUAUUAACAAAAAAACUUUGUUAGCAUAGGUCACUUAUCUAAAGAGAAGGACAUCUUCGAUUUAUUAAUAAGUUACUUGUAUGUAAGUAAAAUUUCUGUGAUUUGGUUAAUAAUUUAUUAUUUUUUAUUGUAAGUGACCUCUGUUAUCAAAAUUGUGUUUCUUAAUAAAUAGGCUGAAGUGGAUGAUAAUUUUUAUUAUUUCCUGGAUUGAAUUAUCAUCUCUGAAUAUUAUUUAUCAACGGAAAUAGGAUCAAUCGCUUUUGUAUUUAAAACUUCGUGAAUAAAUGUUUGGAUUUUA